CUUAUUUCUUUGGUGUUUUAUGUGACGAUUUGUUUCUUAACUUUUCCUUUUGAAAUUAUCCAAUCAACAGAAUCCCAAGGAAAACAAAAUAAUUUUGAAAUACAAACAAAUCGAAAUAAUCGUGAUAGAAAAUUAUUCAAAUAACUAAUUUUUGAAGAUAUUAUCGUGAAUAAAUCGACAUAUAAACGAUUCGGAAAAAUCAAUAAUAUUUUCUUUCUUGGAAAAAAAUAAAAUAUAUCUAGCAAUGCUAUAAAGAAGUACUGACAUAGUGUUUUAGGAAGGAUAUCAUCACAUUCAUAGCUCAUCGUCGUCAUCGUUUAGUUUUUAAACUUCUUUUUGUCGCGGGCUUAAAGUGUUUUUCGAUUUUUAUUUUACACUUCAGGAUAGACAGAAUACAACCAUAACCUUGUAAGGAAAAAGGCACAUUUUGCCAGUAGCAAGGUCAGUGUUUUUAUCUGCGAUCUUUGUGAUUAUAUGCUUGUACACGAACGUUUUCGAAAAGUCGUGAUUUAUUGCAUCGUUUACGUGGUAUUUUUUUUUUACAUAAAAACCCUGUUUUAUUGUUUUUGGUUUGAUAUUCAACUAAAUAUCAAUAGUAUUAAUAGUGUUGCGAUUUGAAUUUGUUUAAUGUUAUAAUGGAAGGAAAUGCAUCAAAUUCAAUACAUAUCUCGAAUGGGAAUUGUUUAACAACAACUACAGCUAAAACAUCAUCAACAUCUGAUGAUGAGGAAUCUACGCCCUUGAAUGAUAGAAAUUUACCAUUAGAUGAAGAUAUAUUAAAAGUAUGUCCUUCAACUUCAAAAACGUCCUCGCCGUCAUCGUUGUCAUUGGAAGGGACAAGUCCACUGGGAACAGCUUCGUCAUCAGUAACGGAUUCACAUCAAAAGCCCAGAUGGUUGUCAUCUUUACACCAUCUAAUUUUUAUACUUACAUGUGCUUUGGCAGCAUUUGUUGUAUUCAGAAAUGUUCUUACAUGGCAUUUACAAAGCUUCUGGGGUGCAUCCGGUGACUUUUGGCAAGCACAAUGGGACAAAUUCAUCAAUAUAACUGGUGAAGAUCCACUUAUACUAUGGGUAGUCGGAACAACGACAUUUACAAUGUUCGUUUACUGGUUAUUUGGUGGUAUCUAUACAUUUUUGGAUCUAACAAACCGCCCUAGAUUCUUGAGAAAAUAUAAAAUUCAACCGGGUACAAAUGAACCAGUCGAUAGACAUCGAUUGACAAAGGUAAUAACAAGAGUAAUAGCUAAUCAAAUAUUCGUUGGUACGCCAAUUGCUUUUGUAAGUUACAAAUUGAUGAAAUUCCGUGGUCUCACUUCUAUUCGAGACCUUCCGACAUUCCAUUGGGUUUGUUUUGAACUGACAAUGUGCAUCCUCAUGGAAGAAAUUGGCUUCUAUUAUUCACAUCGGCUGUUGCACAGCAAACAUAUCUACAAGUUCAUUCAUAAGCAACAUCACGAAUGGACAGCACCAAUUGCAGUAACGGCCAUCUACUGUCAUCCGAUCGAGCAUGUUUUUAGCAAUCUGUUUCCGCCUUUUUUGGGUGUUUUCCUUAUGGGCAGUCAUGUGGCCACAGCUUGGCUGUGGUUCUCAUUGGCCAUUCUCUCAACACUGAAUGCCCACUCUGGAUAUCAUUUGCCAUUUUUCCCAAGCCCAGAAGCCCAUGAUUUUCAUCAUCUUAAGUUUAACAAUUGCUUUGGAGUUUUGGGAGUGCUUGAUCGAUUACAUGGGACUGAUUCGAUGUUCCGGUCAACGAAAGCUUAUGCUAGACACAUAAUGAUGUUGAGCCUGGUGCCGCCUCGGGAAGCUUUUCCAGAUGAAUCUAAAUAAACAAAUAAUAGCCUCAGAUGCACGAAGUGCAGCAAACAAAUCAAACAGAACUUUUAGUCAAAGCUGAAGAUUUACCAGAAACACUAGUAGUUUCUAAAGAAAGUAUUAAAUUGUAGAACCAAUCACAAAUUCACAAAACACGCGAGGGCAUUCAGUAGAGAUCAAUGAACAAAAAACACACUCUUUUAUUUCAUUUAAUUCUAUAUUUUUAUUACCUUAUUAUUAUUGUAUAAUCUAUAUAUUUAUUUUAUAAAUCUUUGGAAAGGAUCAAUAUAUGUGCAUAUUGCAUGCAAUCAAAAACAGCAACAAAAAGUCAAUAUUAUAAUGGUGUAACUAUUUCCGGUGAUGUCUGUAAACGAAAAUGUGAUAGAAAUGUUUUACUCUUUUGUAAUUAAACAAAAAAAUAUAUACAUAUUUAAUAAUCGAUAUCUUAGCGUACAUUAUUAUUAUAAAUAUAUAGUUUAAGGAAGAAAACAUGUAACUUGCAGCGAUAACUUACAAGCAUUAGAUAUAAAAAUAGAGACAAAAACAUUGAACACAAAUUUAAAUAAAAAGGACACAAACACUCCUUUACAGGGAUGCAGUGCUUACAUACCACUGUAUCGUGUAAUAACACAUGCAUUCAAGUGUAAAAAUAAUAAAUGUAAUAUAAAAAGUUUAAAAAUUU